AUGUUUGCUACUUCAGAUAUAGAGAAGCAUCCCCAUACUGACAACAAUGGCGGAGAUAUCUCUAUCGGAUCGAACCCCUUGGUCAAUGCGGAUAAGCUCGCGCGUCGUCUUUCCGCUCGCCAGGUGCAAAUGAUCGCUAUCGGUGGUACUAUUGGUACUGGUUUAUUCUUGGGUGUUGGCGAGUCCCUUGCUACGGGUGGUCCUGCAUCGACAUUGAUUGCUUAUGCUGUCUGUGGUGCUAUCGUCUUCAUCACGAUGUUGAGUCUGGGUGAGAUGGCUGCCUUCGUGCCGGUUGCGGGAUCCUUCUGUACCUAUGCGGGGCGCUAUGUUGAUGAUGCUCUUGGUUUUGCUUUGACAUGGAACUAUUGGUUUAACGAUGCUGUUUCAACGGCUUCGGAUAUUAUUGCUUUGCAAUUACUGUUGCAAUAUUGGACUGAUAAUUUUCCCGGUUGGGCAAUCAGUUUGAUCAUUCUCUUGCUGGUAAUCGGAUUGAAUUUGUUUUCUGUUCGAGUAUAUGGUGAGAUUGAGUAUUGGUUGAGUUUACUGAAAGUCAUCACUAUUGUGAUCUUCAUUAUUCUUGGUAUUGCCGUCAAUUGUGGUGGCAACAAGAACCAUGAAUACAUUGGUGGUAAAUACUGGCAUAUCGGAGAAGCGCCUUUUGUCGGUGGCAUCGGUGGCUUUGCUUCAGUCUUUGUUACGGCCUCCUUCGCCUUUGGUGGCACUGAAUCCAUUGCAAUUACCGCCGGAGAAACUCAGAACCCUUCCAAGGUUAUGCCUAAAGUCGUGCGCAACGUUUUCUGGCGUAUCGUGCUGUUCUACCUGCUUUCUAUCCUACUCAUUGGGCUCAAUGUACCAUACAACUACCCAGGUCUCUCCGAUGGGGACACCCGAACCAGCCCAUUCACCAUCGUCUUUCAGGAAGCUGGUAGUUCCGUCGCAGGCAGCUUUAUCAAUGCUGUUAUCAUGACAUCGGUCAUAUCUGCUGCUAAUCAUGCUUUAUUUGCUGCUACUCGAUUGCUAUACUCGCUCGGCACGGAGGGUUAUGCGCCACCCUUUUUCAGCAAACUAAACCGUUUCCAAAUCCCUUGGAUUGCAGUGCUGGCCAGUUCCGUUAUCAGUGGACUCUGCUUUGGUGCCAGUUAUAUUGGUGCCGGUCAGCUAUGGUCCUGGUUGCAAAAUAUUGUCGGGGUAUCGAACCAAUUAUCUUGGAUUUGCAUUGGCCUCGCCUCCCUGCGCUUUCGAGGCGCCAUUCGCGCACAGGGCCUCGAGCACCUUCUUCCCUUCAAGAACUGGACAUACCCCUACGGUCCUAUUGGUGCUGUUGGUUUAAAUAUCGUCCUCGUCCUAGUUCAAGGCUGGAAGUGCUUCAGCCCUCAUUUCAAGGCCGUGGACUUUGUCUCGUUCUAUAUUGAAAUUCCGGUCAUGUUUGUCAUGUUCGUUGGCUGGAAACUCAUCAAGCGGACGCGCUUUGUUCGUUCCGCGAAUAUGGAUUUACGUACCGACCGAUAUGAUGGCGGUAUUGAUGAUGAACAUACCCCUGAAGAGGUUCAGGAGUUAGAGAAGAAGGGAUUCAUUGGGAAGCUUCAGCGUGUUGGCCAGUGGGUGUUUUUCUAA